CAGCUACUCCGCGGCAAACCGAGCUCAUUGCCCGGACAGCUGAGGGUCACAAUGUUCUGCAGGCCAAGGCAAUUACUCCUUGCCUCCUCUCUAUUCCGAAACCCCGCAACUUUCCCCGCCAGGUCCCUCCGCCACUACUCCUUCCAAGUAUUUCGCGAUGUUCCACCUCUCCGAGAGCUGCGUCGAGGGCUUCUGUUGGCGAAGAGGAGUGUAGGCCUCGUUCCGACCAUGGGUGCGCUCCACGAGGGCCAUCUAUCCCUCAUUCGUCAGGCAGCAGCGGAAAAUACGGACGUAUUCGUGAGCAUCUAUGUCAACCCGACCCAAUUUGGGGUCAAUGAAGAUCUCUCUAGUUACCCGCGUACAUGGGACUCCGACGUCGAGAAAUUAGAGCGAUUGAAUGAUGAGCUUGCCAAUGCAGGAGGGAAUACUGGCCGCAUCACAGCUAUCCUAGCCCCGACUUCUAAGAUUAUGUACCCGACACUUCCUCCUUCUUCGGAAACCGAUGGUGAUGGCUCGUUCGUCACCAUAACACCUUUGUCGAAGAAGCUUGAAGGUGCUUCUCGUCCUGUUUUCUUCCGGGGGGUGGCGACCGUCUGUAUGAAGCUUUUCAAUAUCGUCACCGCAGACCGUGUUUAUUUUGGUCAAAAAGAUAUCCAGCAAACGGUGGUCAUCAAGCGGAUGGUUAAGGAUUUCCACAUCGAUACCGAGGUUAAAAUUGGGAGCACAGUGCGUGAGGAGGACGGUUUGGCUAUGAGCUCAAGGAAUGUAUAUUUGGGAUCAAGGAGACGGACAGUCGGCCUCGUUCUGUAUAUGGCUUUAAAAGCAUCUGAGAAGGCGUAUAAAUCCCGAAACCUCAGCCGCGAUGAUAUUCUAAGCGCCGCCAAGAGUAUCACUCAAGAGGUUUUAUCCAAGCAGGAAGCUCUAUCCCCCGCUGAGAGGGUAUUGUUUGAGGUUGAUUAUAUCUCUCUUGCGGACCCUGAUACUCUUGAGGAGGUCGACAUUGUGGAUGCCACCAAGGGAGCUAUUCUGAGCGGCGCGGUCAAGAUGCUCCCUCUUGAAGAAACCAAUUCUGGAGAAGACUGCGGUUUAGGGGAUGGGAAGGUUUCCGUACGGCUGAUCGAUAAUCUGAUCUUGAAGCCUUUGAAUUGACGAUGGACGAAAGCAAUGUAUGAUAUGCAGGCGUUACAUAGUAAAAAUAGUAUAUACCCUAUCCAGCGCAGGAAUGCGGUGGUUCAGCUUGUACAAGAUUCAUACAUUUAUCGGGUCCAUUGGACGAAAUAUUCAGGAGCAACCAGUGAUGAGGCAUGACUCCGAAAAGCAGUCGAUAGAAAUAAAACAACCAUUAAUCCAG